UCUGCCCCUCCUGUUUCCGGUGCCGUCACGGGACAGAGCCGUCGGUGACAGCCCCAAGGGCCCCCGCCCCGCGCCCAUGGCCGAGCCGGACCCCCUCUGAUGCAGUGCCACCUCCUCUGAGCUCCGUUUCCAAGAUGAGGAGCAUCAGACUCAGAACAGCAAAGAACUUACGCUCCUCAGGAGCUGCAGGACCAGGACUCAGAUUCAGACACUGAGGAAGGAGCUGCAGGCGGAGAAGCCGAGAUGGACUUCCUGCGGAAUUUCUUCUCCCAGACACUGGGCCUGGGCACCCAGAAGGAGCGUCUGCUGGACGACCUGACCCUGGAAGGGGUGACCCGCUACAUGCAGAGCGAGCGCUGUCGCAGGGUCAUCUGUUUGGUGGGAGCUGGGAUCUCCACAUCCGCCGGCAUCCCUGACUUCCGCUCCCCAUCCACGGGCCUCUACGCCAACCUAGAGAAGUACAAUCUUCCCUACCCAGAGGCCAUCUUUGAGAUUGGCUACUUCAAGAAACACCCAGAGCCCUUCUUUGCUCUUGCCAAGGAACUCUAUCCUGGGCAGUUCAAGGUAAACCAGCCAGAGCGCCUGGAACACUUCCCAGCCGGUGGCGACGCGUGGCCCCUGGGCUCUGUCACGACCGGUGUGGUUCCGCUUGCUCCCCUCCAGCCGACCGUCUGUCACUACUUCAUCCGCCUGCUGAAGGAGAAGGACCUACUGCUGCGCUGCUACACGCAGAACAUAGACACGCUAGAGCGAGUGGCGGGGCUGGAGCCUGAGGACCUGGUGGAGGCCCAUGGCACCUUCUACACCUCGCACUGCAUCAGCCCCCUCUGCCGACGGGAGUACUCGCUCAGCUGGAUGAAAGAGAAGAUCUUCUCCGAGGUGACUCCCAAGUGUGAGAAAUGUCACAGCGUGGUGAAGCCUGACAUCGUGUUCUUCGGUGAGAACCUCCCAGCGAGGUUCUUCUCCUGCAUGCAGUCAGACUUCCUGAAGGUGGAUCUCCUCAUCAUCAUGGGUACCUCCCUGCAGGUGCAGCCCUUUGCAUCCCUCAUCAGCAAGGCACCCCUCUCUACCCCACGCCUGCUCAUCAACAAGGAGAAGACUGGGCAGACUGACCCUUUCCUGGGGAUGAUGAUGGGCCUCGGAGGAGGCAUGGACUUCGACUCCAAGAAGGCCUACAGGGACGUGGCCUGGCUGGGUGACUGUGACCAGGGCUGCCUGGCCCUUGCCGACCUCCUCGGAUGGAAGAAGGAGCUAGAGGACCUCGUCCGGAAGGAGCAUGCCAGCAUUGAUGCCCAGGCAGGGUCGGGGAGCCCCAACCCCAACACUUCGGCUUCCCCCGGGAAGUCUCCACCUCCUGCCAAGGAGGAGGCCAGGACCAUGGAGGGGGAGCAGGGCCAGUGACAGCUGCACCUCCCGGGCCAGCAGAGCCGCCACCAGCCCUGGCCCCCUCUAACUUGCAGCUCUUGUCUGGGGAGCUCAGAAUGUUGCCCUAGUCUCUUAACCACCCCCUUUCAAAACUGGGGUCCCAGCCCCCUGACUCUGGCAAAUCUCUAACAGCACCCAGGGGCCGAGGCCUGGGCAGCUCAGCUGUAACAGCCCAUAGUCUCUAACCACCCGCGGGGAUGUGGGUCAACCUCCCCUAAUCUCUAACUGCUCCCAGGGCCAGGGCUGCCUCUAAACUCCUAACUGUUCUGGACAGGGGCCCCAGGGCUCCCCAGGGCUCCCCAUGCCCUCUACCGCUCCUAGGGACCUGUGGCCAAGUCGGCCAAGUCUAACGUACCCUGGGUGGAGUGUGGGCCCUCCAGACAUAACACCCUCUGGGGGGAGCUGAGCCUGAAGGCCUCCCCAGUCUGUGUCUCCCACUCCCAAAGUGGGUGCUGGACCCCUUCCCUUUGGGACCCACUUCCCCUGCCGGGAGGGGCAGAUAAUGUUGCUUAUUGGAGACAAAUUAAAAACAAAAACAACUAACGAUCA